UGUCAGCUAUGCCACGCCAUUUAUCCUCCAUGUCUUGGAAUCACAUAGCUCUUUCUUUCUCCUCGUCUUCUUUUUCACCCCCCAUUCUCGUGUAGUUCUGAAACAGACUUGUACAGAACCCAUUAUCAUUUGUCUCUUCGCUUUCUUCUUCUCCAAUCCUACUACAAGACCCAUUAAUCUCCUGCGCCUGCACAAGAAAAAUGUCUGAGAAGAUAACUGCUGAGGAUAUUUUGCAUAAUAUUGCCGAAACUCUUGCCGAACAAGGUCAAAAGGCAAAAUCAGUGUCGUUUUUUGGGGAAGAUAGUAAAUCAAGUUCAGUGGCUAGUCAGAUCAAUCGGCUAUUUGGACGCCAAAAACCUGUUCACCAUAUUCUUGGGGGUGGAAAAUCUGCUGAUGUGCUGCUAUGGAGAAACAAGAAAAUCUCAGCUAGUGUUUUGAGUGGUGCAACAAUUAUAUGGGUGCUGUUUGAAUGGCUUAAUUACCACUUCUUGACUCUUGUUUGCUUUGCUUUGGUUCUUGGUAUGUUGGCUCAGUUUAUUUGGACAAAUGCCUCUGGAUUUGUGAACAGAUCAUCGUCCAGGGUUCCUCGCCUUGUUCUUCCUGAGGAACUAUUUGUCAAUAUUGCUGUUUCGGUUGGUGCAGAGGUUAACCGAGCUCUGGGUUAUCUCCAAGAUGUUGCUUGUGAAGGAAAUUUGAAACACUUUCUUGUGGCUGUAGUAAGCUUGUGGGCUGGUGCUGUGAUUAGUAGCUGGUGCAAUUUCAUAACUGUCUUGUAUAUUGGUUUCGUUGCAGCCCAUACGCUUCCAAUUCUGUACGAGAAAUACGAAGACGAAGUAGAUGGCUUCGCAUACAAGGUCCUCGACCAACUCCGCGGUCACUACCAGAAGCUCGAUUCCAGUGUCCUAAGCAAGAUUCCAAAAGGAUCAUUCAAGGGAAAGAAGUAUGAAUAGAUCAUUUUCCAUCUCAGUAAUACCUAAACCAUCUCUAGUUUUUGCAAGGAAUUGGUUGUGUAUCAUAAGAAUGGGAAAAUAUUAUCUCCUUUCAAUGGUGAAAGGAUGAAGACUAGACCAAGGGGUAGAAAUGGAUCUUUAUUUUGCUGAACUAUGAGCCAUAUUUGACUGAUUUUUGCAGCCAUUGGCUUCAUUAUUAUGACUGCUUCAGAUUCAUAUCAUUUUUACUUUGGUAGAGGGAAUAAUGUUAAAAGAUUUGGUCCAA